UUCACCGACUCCUCUCAGAACAACCUCGGAAAUCAAAAGGAAUACUUUUAUACACAAGAAACAACCACAGAAAAUUCACCCGAGAAUACGGACGGAUUGUUUUUAGUUUUUAUUCUAAAAUUGUUCAUUGCUAGGCCUACUCUUUUUUUUAUUUCUCAAAUUACUUUCAUUUUGGGAUAAACCCCAACUAAGCUAAGGAGAACAAAAGAACAUACAACUAUUUUAAGAAAAAAUCUACUUGUGAAUUACAAUAAUUAGAAAACAAGUUUCUAUAGGAACAGGUGACACCGACACCCAGGGGUUUAUUUGCCUGUUCCACAGCCUAUGUUUUUGGAUUUGACAUAUUCCGCUCGCCGCCCUCCUACUAUGGUGAUAAUGGAAGUCCCCAGCAUCGAUGCCAUGUCCCUCCGCGGGCUGCUAGAGGGGGACGACCCGGGCUGUCUGGUCCUGGACUGCCGCUCAUUCUUCUCCUUCAACUCCUCUCACAUCCCCGGGUCCACCAACGUCCGCUUCAGUACUAUAGUCCGCCGGAGGGCCAGAGGGGGGCUGGGGGUGGGACACAUCGUGCCCAACGAGGACACGCGGAACCGGCUUCUCUCCGGGGAGUAUCAGUCGGUAGUGUUUCUGGAUGAUCGGAGUUUAGACUUCGGCCAAGUGAAGAAGGACGGGACUCUAAUGCUCGCGGUGACAGCUCUGUGCCGAGACCCGUGUGGAGCGCGUGUCUUCUUUCUCACAGGUGGUUUUGACACGUUCUCCUCGGAGUAUCCAGAGAUGUGUACCAAGCCGUCAGCUCCACAGGGACUCAGUCUGCCCCUCAGCGCCCGUCCAGACAGCGCCGAGCCCGGCUGCAGUCCAUGCAGUACACCGCUCUAUGACCAGGGGGGUCCAGUGGAGAUCCUUCCCUUCCUCUACCUGGGCAGUGCCUACCAUGCCAGCAGAAAGGACAUGAUAGACAUGCUGGGUAUCACUGCUCUCAUCAACGUAUCAGCUAACUGCCCCAACCACUUUGAAGAGUCCUUCCAGUACAAGAGUAUCCCCGUAGAGGACAACCACAAGGCUGAUAUCUCCUCCUGGUUCAAUGAGGCUAUAGAGUUUAUCGACUCCAUCCGUAAUAAAGGCGGUCGUGUGUUUGUCCACUGCCAAGCCGGCAUCUCCCGCUCUGCCACCAUCUGUCUGGCCUACCUGAUGAGGACCAACCGCGUGAAGCUGGACGAGGCCUUUGAGUUUGUCAAGCAACGCCGCAGCAUCAUCAGUCCUAACUUCAGCUUCAUGGGCCAACUGCUACGGUUUGAGUCCCAGCUCCUGGCUACUUCAUCCUGCUCGUCGGAAGCCGGGAGUCCUGCCCUGGGGAAGAGCAGUACGGUCUUUAACUUCCCCGUGUCUAUCCCCGUCCAUGGCUCUGCUGGACACGGACAGCUCUCCUUCCUCCACAGCCCCAUCACCACCUCACCAAGCUGCUAAGGGGAAGAGUAGGAUCAGAUGGAGGGCUGUCUGUCUUAGCCUGGACUUGAACUGAACUGUCACUAUUGGUGUAGAGUCGUUGUGACUGUACUGUAACAAUACUAGUCGUGACAGGGUCAUUGACAAUGUACUGUCAGUGUCACUCAAAUACAGGUGAUUAAUCAUUGAGUUUUGGAUAGACAUUGAGCUCUAGAACUGAUGGAACCCUUAUUGUUGCCCUUCCUGGUGUAAAGGUCAUAAAGAAGUGAUCCUGGCAUCACAGGACAAAAGGGAUAACUUUUGGAGAGACAAACCAAGUGACCUAGUUUAUGGGUUAAAUCCACAGGUCUGCCCUAUCGACUUGAAAGGAGUUUCUCUCGCUACCAAUAUGGCAGUAUGGUUAUCGCAGCAUUCUCUGUAGAAUAAGGAAUGACACCCACAGAUCUGCCUAGAACACCUCAACUUCUAGGAAGAGACAGAGAAGUCAAUGGCUGAAGGUGAAUGACACCCACAGAUCUGCCUAGAACACCUCAACUUCUAGGAAGAGACAGAGAAGUCAAUGGCUGAAGGUGACUGGGGGAAAGGGUCAAUUCUUUAAAGGAAGUUAGAAGUAUUUUAAUGGGAUGAAGAGAAGAAAUUGUAGUCAAAGAAUCGUUGUCAAAGAUACAAAGUUAUUUAACGAGAGUGGGCAGCUUUUGAUAAUCACAUGUUUUUUUUUGUUGACCUGACACAACUCUUAACAAAAUGGGCAAGUAAACCCUCCCUUGGUCACUCACAGGCAGUUGUCAUAUUUAUUGCUACCAACUAGACUCUCAGGAAUCAAGAAUUACUUUCAAUGUCCCACAGCUUUGUUCACACAGAGACAAACUGUCUUCCUGAGGGACUCCCGCUAAUGCCUCGGCAAACGACACCCGUUUGGAUAAAUCACUCCUCAGACUCUUUAUUGUUGACAAACAAUGAAUGUAUCUCUGAUCUCUGGCCAAUCGGCCGGCUAGGAGAGUGACAGAAGGUUUAGUUUAAAGUGGACUGGAAAGCCCCAUUCACAUGCAAAUGUAUGCCUUUUAUAAAAUACUAUGAGACCCUGACAAACCUGAAAAUAUUGCGGGAAACAGCCAACCAACCAUCAGAUACCUCUGAAACACCACCAUGCCUCUGAAGUGCUAGCAGCUGUUAGCUAACGCUAGCUCUGUUAGCAUCAUGCUAAUUCUGUUAGCGUCAUAUACUGUUAGCAGCUGCUAGCUCUGUUAGCAUCAUGCUAAUUCUGUUAGCGUCAUGUACUGUUAGCAGCUGCUAGCUCUGUUAGCAUCAGGUACUGUUAUUAGCAGCUAGCUCUGUUAGCAUUAUUAGCAUGCUAAUUAUGUUAGCAAUUUGUACUAUUAACAGCUCUGGGAGAGUCAGAACCCCUAAAGCACUAAGACGGGGAUCAGACUCACCAGAGACUGCUGUCUGUCUGAUUACCUAUGUGAUAUUUAUUGAUCUAAAGUAAUAUAUUUCUUACAUCUAUUUUUGCAAAUGUUUGUUAGUUGUUUUUGAUACCUCUGAAUAAAUCCAAUUUGUCUUUUCUA